AUGCAAUCCAUCGUUACCAUGCAUCAGUAUGGCAGUGACGUCAAGGCAGUCAGUAAUACAGUCACACCUGGUUUACACGUCACGAUCUUUCUAAUUCGCAAAACAGGAGAUUUCGAUGAUAGCAACUUGAGCUACUCAAUAGACUUUAGUUCAGCUGUCGAAGUCAGUCUAGAACGGUCGAGUGGCAGCAUUCAUUCCCGCUGCUUAUGUCGAGUAUUCCAAGCGUUGAAAUGCAGAACAUACCGUAAAACAACUCGCUGGUUUGUGUUAGUCAACCGUCAUGAUGAUGCUCAGUGUCGGCCGCCAAAUGUAUAUUCUUUCGGAUAUUUUCUUGUGGCAUUGGGCGGGUAUCAAGAUGUAUUUGAACUUUCGAAUGUGGUCUUGCCGUACAACAUCUUCCUCUAA